CCAACGGCGUGAGAAUCUGGGAAACACAUUUGAACAAUGACUGCAGCCAUAUCAACACGGCCCCAGAGCCCCAAGCGAAAGGGCGAUGCCCUUAAUGAACUCGACGACAGGCGCAUCGCUGACAUUAAGCCUCUUAUUCCCCCACAACUCCUCGUUGAGGACUUUCCCAUGUCCGAUGCUGCUGCAACAACCGUAGCAGGAGCCCGUGCGGAGGCGGAACGAAUUAUCAAGGGUCAGUCGGACAAGCUCUUGUGUGUUGUAGGCCCUUGCUCUAUUCACGACGUGAAGGCAGCUCACGAAUAUGCACAGCUUUUAAAAACUUAUGCAAAUAACGCAAAAGAAGACUUGUGUAUCAUUAUGCGUGUCUACUUUGAAAAGCCAAGAACGACUGUUGGCUGGAAGGGCAAAAUCAAUGAUCCCGAUAUGACUGGUACCUUUGCAAUCAAUAAAGGUUUAAAGAUUGCAAGAGGUCUACUACUGGAUCUGAAUGAAGCGGGCGUACCCACGGGUUGCGAGUUUCUUGACACGUUGACUCCCCAAUACAUUGGGGAUUUGGUCGCCUGGGGUGCCAUCGGAGCACGUACUACGGAAUCGCAAGUUCACCGUGAACUGGCAUCCGGGCUCUCUGUUCCAGUCGGUUUCAAAAAUGGAACCGACGGCAAUGUCGGCGUUGCGAUCGACGCCAUUCGUGCCGCAUCUGUCGGGCAUCAUUUCCUGAGCGUGACAAAGCAAGGCCUUAGUGCCAUUGUAGCGACUACUGGAAAUGACUCGUGUCACGUCAUCCUACGAGGAGGACAUGAUGGGCCCAACUACUCGGCGGAGCAUGUCCGCAAGUAUAGCGAACAGAUCAAAAAGGCUGGAUUGCAGCCCCUUUUGAUGGUUGACUGCUCUCACGGUAACUCGAGAAAGGACCACAGGCGUCAAAUAUUGGUGGCCGACGACAUUGCCCAACAGCUAUCAGCAGCUUCCGACCCAGAUUCAACGGCCGAUAACAUCAUGGGAGUUAUGAUUGAGAGCAAUCUCAAAGAAGGGAGACAAAACUUGCCAGCGGAGGGUCCCGCAAAGUUGGAGUAUGGAGUAUCUAUCACAGAUGCUUGCAUUUCUUGGGAGCAGACCGUUAAAGUCCUUGAUACUUUGAGAGAAGGCGUAAGAGCACGAAGAGAAAACAGGCGACAGAAUAACCAGUAGGACAGAUCGUGACUGUACAGAAUCCAUCUAUUUACUUGACAUAAUCAAUAUACAUGUUCGUGUUGUAUUUUUCCUUCAGAUAGUAUUGAAGUAUCAUGAUCGCAAAGCCCCAGAUGUCGGGGCUGUCGUAGCAAGAGGGGCGAGCACCCGAGGCUUGGCCGUAUGC